CUCCUAGAUCCUGUCGUUUGAACUGCAAAAGUAAAAAGAAGUACCGCAGUAGAUCUACGAACAUUAUUAUUGUUUGUGUUGACUGUUGACGAGCUGUCUCGAAACUCAGUUACUGUUGUGUGUUGGUCGUAGUGCUGCAGUUUAUAAGACUGAGUUCUCUGCUAAGGCGUGUUCCUUGUGCAGCGUUUUCACACGCAGGCCGAUACUUAUCCGCCCUUGUAAACAGAAUGACAGACAUCUUCGUAGCGUCAGGACUUUAGAUAUUAUCUGGUUGCAAUAGUGUGUCUGUGCUGUUGUAAAACUCCUGCACUGAGGACAGAACAAUAAUGACAGCAGUUUGGACAGUGUGAAAUGUUCUCUCUUGUCUACGGACUCUGGAAAUAUUGGUUCCGGAAGGAUGAGUACUACGUGAUGAUUCUAGGCCUGGACAAUGCGGGCAAAACUACCUACUUGGAGAAAUGCAAACAGCUGAUGGCCAGAGGUUACAGUGGCAUAUCUCUGGAUAGGAUAUCACCUACGGUCGGUAUGAAUGUUGGCCGUAUUGAUGUAAGCACGAUCCGCCUGAUCUUCUGGGAUGUUGGCGGCCAACAAGACUUGCAGACACUCUGGGAGAAGUACUACACUGAAUGUCAUGCCAUCAUCUACGUUGUGGACUCAUCGGACCAGGCUCGGAUGGAUGAAUCGCUGCACAUUCUUGAGCGUCUUCUCGGCAGUGAUCAUCUGACGGGAAUUCCAGUCUUGGUCGUUGCCAACAAACGAGACAAAGAGUCCUGCUUUCCAUCGUCCGAUUUGAAGGCACGGUUAUCAUUCCCAUCCCUGAAGAAUCGUGAUUGCCUUGUCCUGGAAGCAUCCGCUUACAAAGGCUCUGGUAUACAGGAUGGUAUAGAGUGGCUGGUGCAGUGCGUACAGCUCAACUCCUCUGCACGACCGCCGCAUCUACGCGAGGUUAGCUAGCCACCUCCGCACGCGUCGCAGCUUCUCCGUGUGGGAGGGAGCUGGAGCUUGCAGUGUUGAUCAUUUGACGCUGCACUUGAACUUGAGCCGACCAUGAGUUGUGCGUGCUACCCUGUACUUGUCCUAUUCUCUGUAUCAUGUGAUCCUUCUCAUGGGGCUACCCUUUGUUAGGCCUAGCACUAUUCAACAUUCUCAUAGGUCCAUUCAAUUUUAUUUUUAUUUCACUGGUCGGUGUACACUGCAUUGACUACCGGUACGCGCGCGUGUACCACGUGGAUGGCACAUGCUUGAUAUUAUGUUAUCCUGAAAACUGCA